AUGGACCCCCUCUCCAUAUCCAGCGGCAUCGCAGGCCUCGUCGGCCUAGGAAUUCAAAUCGGCCCCGCCAUCCACGACUACAUCGCGACUGCCAGAAAGGCCGAGCAAGACGUAAGCUGGUACGCCGACGAAGUCGACGCCCUGAUAGAAGUCUGUGUGUGUCUGGACGACUUUCUCAAAGCGGACGCUGUGUCGCAGAGGAAUCAUUUUCGGACUACGGACUCGGUUCUCGGUCGGACGGUGACGUCUUGCGAUGCGUCGUUGCAGAAAUUGGGGUCUUUGCUUGCUGUUCCGGUUGAGUGGACGCAGAAGUUGAAAUGGCCGUUUAAGAAGAAGAAGGUUGAUGAUAUUAUUCUCAGGUUGGGGAGGUAUACGGCUUUGUUUCAGUUUUCUUUGACGGUUGAGGGGCUAGAUGUCGAGGAUCUUUUGAAAUUACAGGUCGAGGCUUCGCAGAAGCUUCAUGAGAUUACGAAGGGUAUUGAUGCUCUCGCGGCUAAUUCGGAGACAUACCGCACCACGGCGGAGAACAUGUCGUCUAUGCUUGAGGGUAUUCAGUCGUUGCAAGAUGCCUCUGAUCAGCUCUCUUCUAUCCAGCGGGAUGUGGGUAGUAUCAAGAGACAGCUUACUGAUACCUAUGAUAUGGAGAUCCUCGAGUGGUUGUCACCCGAGCAAGGACGUGGACGACACUCCGAAGUACGCUCAAGAAGAACGCCAGGAACGGGGAAGUGGCUGGCGGAUACGUCGAGCUUCCAGAACUGGCUUGAUAAAGAGUCUUUACAGAAAAUUCUCUGGCUGGUUGGUGAUCCGGGAUGUGGGAAGUCGACUUUACUAUCUUUCGUCGUGGAUGUUUUGAAAGAGUCACAUGUCGGAGAUGAGAGCGCCAUUGCAUACUACUACUGCGACUACAGGGUUCAAGAUACAAAUCCACUUGGUGCUGCCCUCGGGUCGCUCCUUCGCCUACUACUCGAACGCAAGAAGAUCAUCCCGCCAAUGCUGCGCGAUACAUAUGAGAAAUCGCGACACGAAGGAAGAAAACCAUUUCCCUCAGAGCUGAAGGAGAUUCUCUUCUCUGCCACGGCAUUAUUUGAAGACUGUUUCAUCCUUAUUGAUGCUAUGGAUGAAUUCAGUAUCUCGGACACAACACAUCUGCCCCAGUUCAUCAUCACAUUGGACGAACUGGCUGCAUCUGGCGCUAAUAUUUUAGUAACGAGUCGAGCGCCGCCAAGUCCGCCGCUGAAGAGCGAGCAUACUGUCGAAACAAUUCAUGCAAAUGAGGCUGAUAUUAGCAGUUAUGUUGCUCACGCUCUCCAUACGGAUGAUUCCUUGCUCGAUAUCCUUGAUAAAUCUUUGGAGAGAGAUAUUAGUCAAACGGUGGUGGAGCAGGCAAAGGGGAUGUUCCUCCUCGCGGUACUCCACCUCCAAAACAUCCGCGGCCAAGUAACCCGGUCCGGCGUCCGCAAAGCCCUAAAAUCACUCAGCGGCGGUCUAAGCGACGCCUACAAAAAGACCUUCGAAUGCAUCCAGCACCAAUCCCAAGCACGGCAAAAACUCGCUUUCGACUCGCUCAUGUGGGUGUCAGCUUCCCACCGCCCCCUGAAAAGCCUUGAGCUCCAACACGCACUGGCAACACAACCGGACGACAAACAAUGGGAUCCAGAAAAUAUCCCAUCCCUUCGGCUAAUCAUCAGAAGCUGCUGCGGUCUUUUGGCAGUAGACGAUCUCGAUAGUUCGGAAUCUGAUGUGCGAUUGGUACAUAAUACUCUGCACCACUAUCUGUAUACAUGCGAGCCGGAAUGGGCGAGGAGAGCGAAUCAGCUCAUUACCCAGACCAGCCUGACGUAUCUGCGUUUCGCAUCAGAGAGCGAAAACAUCAGAGACACAAGUGGCUGCGAAAACAGCCCCAAGAGCAGAAAGCGAGCACCUAGAUUAAUUCUCACGCCCUUUGUUCGCAAUAACUGGGGCCACCACGCUAAAUGCCUGCCUGCAUCCACAUACGAAAAAGCAGCCUUAAACCUCCUCUCAAACCGCGAGAGAUUGGCCGUGCUAUACCCGAAAAGCCCACGGAUAACCGGCCUGCAAAUAGCAGCUAUGUUCGGCUUAACGACCAUCCUAACAACUCUGCUCUCGCAAAUGCCCAAACCGGGAGUCGACAGAUCGCAAGACUCGUCCACAAGCACGGCCCUCUACAAAGCCUGCAAACACAAUCAUCUAGACUGUGCUUCAUUGCUCCUGAAAUUCGGCACGAAGCCUGAUCCCAGAACGCCGACUAUCACACCGCUGUACACCUGCGUAAGCAACAAGAAUCUCGCGCUGGCGACUCUUCUCCUUGAUGCGGGCGCUGAUCCAGAUAUGCACUGCGCGGACGGGUGGACGGCGCUGCAUAAGGCUGCUGAUGAUGGGAGUUUGGAGAUUGUUAGGUUGCUUGUUGAGAGGGGGAGUUCUUUGCGUCGGGCUUCUGCGCGUGGAUUGACGGCUUUGCAUCGGGCUGCGGGGCGAGGUCAUGUUGAUGUUGUUGAGUGUUUGCUUGGACAUGGGGCGAGGGUUAGUUAUACGACUUCGGAUGCGUGGACGCCGCUUCAUGGGGCUGCUUCUGCGGGGAGGACGGAGGUUGUUUCAUUCUUGAUUGAGUACCAUGAGAGGAAUUCUGGCUUUGGUAGUGGAAGUCGGGCUGGCGGUGAUUUUGAGGGAAUGCGGAAAUUGGCAGAUGCGGCUGGUGGUGUGAAUUUUCGGACGAGGAAGGGAUGGACGCCGCUUCAUCUUGCUUGUCAGGGGGCGUAUGUUGAUACGGUUGAGGCGUUGCUUUCUGCUGGUGCGAGUUUGGAUGUUGCGGAUGAGGAGGGGGAUUUGCCGUUGCAUAUUGCAGCGAGGGAAGGGAAUGCGGGGAUUUUGGAGGUUCUUUUGAGGAAGGUGGAAGGGAGAGAUAGACAAUUGGAGUGUAUGAAUUUGAAAGGGUGGACGCCGUUGCAGGAGGCGCAGUUGAGUGGGAUUUAUGAAGCGGAGCAGAUGCUUUGGGGGUUGAGUGGGUUGAAUCUGGAGAGUAUUCGUGUUGAUUCUGAUUCUGAUUCUGGUCUUUAUACUUCUGAUGCUGCUGUUCGAGCGGAAGAGUUGGUCAAGGCGAUUCGAGUGGAUGAUGUUGAGGCUGUUUCUGGGAUAUUGGGACUUUCUGGUGGCCAAGAGGAAGAUGGAGAGCCGGUGCUCGAGAAUCUGGCGUUGGAGGCGAGGAAUCAAGGAGGUCGCUCGCCGCUUCAACAAGCUCUUCUUUUUGGUUCGUUGAAGGUCGCGAGAAUGCUUCUGGCUUCUGGAGCGAGUGUUCAUGCGAGAUCGGAUCCGGGGCAGUGGUCUGCGAUCCAUUAUGCCGCGUUGUCGGGGAGUUCUGGCGCCGUGGAACUGUGCUUGUCGAAUGGAGCAGAUGUGCAUGACCAGACUCAACAGAAACAGACACCCUUGCAUCAUGCUUGUCGACGUGGUGCAGAGGACACGGUCAGGUUAUUGUUGGAUCGUCAUGCACGGGCGGAUGCUGUAGAUGAUCGCGGUUGGAAGCCAGUGCAGGUUGCUGCUUCUGCUGGCCAUGAACGAGUUGUCCGGUUGCUACUGAAAGAUGGAGAGAAGGACAAAACUGCAAGACUCAUGAAUAUAGAAUCGAUCCAGGCGUGUGCAGCACAGGGAGGACAUCAUGGGCUGGUGGAGCUGACUCGGAAAUGGAGAUAUUCUUGGUUGACAUAG